AUUUCAGCGGCGUCUCGUUUGUUGACGUGAGCUAUCUAGAGCUGCGCUGCAGCCUGUACGAAAACGGAAAAAAAUCGAGUUUGUUUCUCAUAAAGUAUAUCGGAAAUGUCUUUUUCAAGAGCCCCUCUGAAGAGGUUCAAUGAGCAUGCAGGUUGCGCCCCUCCACCGGGGGCUUAUGAGAUCAAAUCAGGGGAUCUGAAAGGAGUCGCAUCCUUCGACAAAUCUGAACGAUUCAGGACCGUUAAGACAGCGGCUGGAGAUCUUCUGCCACCACCAUCACCCUCCAGGAAUGUGCUAGUCUCUCCUGUCCGUAGGACCAUGUCGGUUGAUGGGCUUGUUGAAGGGUCUAGUGUAAAGAAAGAGAAGUAUGGCAUGAGCAUGGAGAGGAAACAGCAGAAACUCUUGGAAAGAGAGAUUCGGUCCCUGGUGCAUCAGCGAGGAGAGCAGAACCGUCGCUUGCUGGUCCUGGAAGAGGAUCUGAGGAAGGUGGAGGCCAAGCUUCUGGCUGCAGUCAGAGAAAAGACAGGCCUCUCUGCUAAUGUAACCACACUUGAAAGACAGCGAGCAGAGCUCAAGAGAGUCAAUGAGUUUCUAAAAAACAAGGUGUCUGCUGACACCACAAAGAAGAGGAUAAAUUCCCUCACAAUGGAGCUGAUGGAUGUUAGGAACCAACUGGAUGUUAAAAACCAAGAGUUAAGUGUCCUGCAGAUUAACACUAAAGGCCAGGUAAGGGUGUUAGAAACUGACCUCCAAGCUGCCAGGGCUUCAGUUUCUGCUAUGCAGGACAGGAAUAAAGACUUGGAGGAUCUACAUCAAGUGACAAAAACCCAGAAUGAAGAGCUGGGGAAUGAAAACGCUAGGUUACAAGCUGUGAUUCGGGAGCUGAGAGAAGAGAUCAAAGUACUGCAGGGAUACUUGGAUGCAGCCAAUGACCAGAUUCAAGAUCUCCGCCUGAAGAUUCAGGAGAAGACUCAGGAAAACACACAUACAAGUUUUCAAGUAGAGAAACUUAAUCAGCUAGAGACAGAACUAGAACAGCACACCGCAGAGCUAGAAACCACCAAAGAUGUGCUGAAACAAAGGGAGGAGGAGGCUCACAAACUCCAGGAAGAGCUGCAAGCAUCAAAGGAUGCUGUAUGGGAAGUGGAGAAGAGGAUGGAGUACCAGGGGACGGAGCUCAAGUCUGCGCAAAAGUCAGUGAGUGACAUGGAGAAGCAACUGAAGUUGUCCAGCCAAGAAGUUCAAGACUCGCAGGUGAUAGUCCGUCAGCAGGAGGCAGAGCUGCACAGACUAAGGGAGGUGCUCAGGAGAACUGAGAAGGAGCUGGAUGAGAGGGUGGCACAUCUUGAACAACGGUGUCUGUCUUCAGAGGAAGAGAGAAGCAGGACUCAGGAGGAGGGACUGAGGAAAGCAGAGGAGCUGAAGAUGGAGCUGACCGUGCUACAGCAGGCUAUACAACAGGAGAGAAAGAGAUGGAUUCAGCUCGAGCAAGAACACACUGCACUUACUGAGGAGCUGAUGAAAGAAAAGGCACUUGUGGACUCUCUGACUGUGCUGGUGGAGCAUGAAAGAGAGGAGUCUGACGAGCAUUUGAGACAACUAAAGGAGGAGAUGGAGGAGGUGCUGGGAGAGCUUGCUGCCAUGGAAGAACACGAGCAGAAGCGGCAGGAGGUGGCAGAGAUGAGUCAGGAGGCCCUUCAUAGACUGCAGGAGGAAAAAGCGGAGCUGGAGCAGCAACUAAAUGAUACAAAGGUGCUCUUGGAGAGUAAGAGCAGGGAUCUGGCAGCUUUGAAAGAAGUGCAUUUGUCUGCUAAGCAAGAGCUCCAGGAGGCAAACAUAAACUUGCAGAAAAAGAUGGGAGAUAUUGUCACGGAGCUGGAAAGCACCAAAGAAGCCCUACAGGGAGAAAAAGGAAGACAGAGAGAACUGCAAGCAGAGGUAGAGAGGCUGACCCAUCAGUUGAGGGAGGUGAUGGAUAAAAUGAUUGAAGGGAAAAAGGGAGAGAUCAACAGAAUGAAUGAGUGGACUGAAGAGCACCAAGAGAGACUGCUAGCUGAAGCUAAGGCCAUAGAAAAUUCAAGAAUUUUGCAGGAAAUGCAAGCGUGCCUCACACAAAAAGAUGAGGAGAUAAAGGCCAUGGAGGCGAGCCACGCUGUUCAAAUCAAGCAGCUACAGAAGCAGCUGCAGACAGAUGAGGAGGAAGAAGAACAGAGAAGACACGAGAGGGAAGGAGCCCAGAAGCAGCUGGAAGAGAUCAACCAGGAAAAAGAGGAAAUAAUAAAAGAGCUCCAAGACGAAAGAGAGCAAAAAGUGCAAAUUGAGACUGUCCUUCAGCAAGAAAAAGAAGCAUUGGAGGUUGAAAGAAAAAACCACGAGCAGGUCAGGUCAGAGGUGCACAGACUACAGGCUGAGCUUACGAGGGUAGAGGAGGAUAGAAACGGUCUGCUGUCUGAAGCAGAACUCAAAGAACAGUUCAGGCGUGCUCUUGAAAAUCAACUAGUCACUGCGGAGCAGGACAAAGAUCAGCUUCGAGCACGUGUGGAUGAAGCUGAACAAGUAAGCAUUCGUCUCCAGGCCCAAUUAGACCUCAUGGAGGAGAAGACGCAGGCUCUGGAACAUGAUUUACAGAGCCAUCAUCAAGACAGACAAGCUCUGAGGGAGCAGGUGGAGGUACUGGCCCAGGAGAAAGUUACUCUGCAGUGGGAGAUGGAGGAGCAGCAACGGGAACUCCAAAAAAAAUUAGCUGAAGCACAGGAGAAGAGCUCCCCCAGUGCAGAGAUUGACCACUGGAGGAAACAAUAUGAGGAGCUGUUUGUUAAAGUCAAGCCCUUCCAGGAACAGCUCAAUGCGUUUGCAGCAGAACGAAAUGCACUACUCAAUGAGAAUGGAGCAAACCAGGAGGAAUUAAACAAAUUGGCCGAUGCUUAUGCUCGCCUGCUGGGGCACCAAAACCAGAAGCAGAAGAUCAAACAUGUGGUGAAACUCAAAGAUGAGAACAUUCUCCUAAAACAGGAGGUGUUGAAGCUUCGUACCCUGGUGAGCCGGCAGAAGAGUGAUUUGGAGCAGCUGAAGUCAAAGCUCCCUGGUGCUCCUCGCCGCAGGUUUGAUCCCAGCAAAGCUUUCCAGCAUGACAAGGAGAACAGGCAGUCUGACACAGCUGAACCUCUCAGAGACGGAAACCACAUAGAGUAGUGGAGCUCUUCUAGCCAACAAGUGAUGCAGCAGACACAUUACUUCUCUCCAAUUUGGUGGUCUUUGGUAUUGAUGAUUUUAAUAUUCUCAAAUUGUAAACUGUUCCAACAAGCUGCUGUUCUGCAGCUUUUGCUUGAAAUUGUUAUAUAAACUGUGAUCAUAUUUUUAAAACAUGUUCGUGUGGAGAAGCAGUAAAUAAAAGAUUACAAGGACGAAUA